GCACUUGUGGUCCGUUUUCUGCAGUGGCAACACUUUUGAAAGUACGCAGAUUGUUUUUGUCACUCCCGUGUUCUCGAGCCGGAUAAGUCAGAAGUAAAACUCAACGUGGUUUCGUUUUGAGGGCGCACGAAAGCUUACUUCGCGGGACCUCUUUGGUUCGUAAAUCUCCAAACUGAUAGGUGGCAUACCCAAACGCGCAACAUGUUCAACUAGUAUGAUAUUACAACUUCAGGGCUUUGUGUAAUUUAGGCUCUCGCGGGUGCUUUAAUGGACUCUUUGUGCGCGCUAUUUUAAUUGUCUUGGAGAGACAGCCAGUCUGAUGCUCGCGCCCUCUGUGCCAAGCUGCACUCCACCCCGCGGACAGUGCCCUAGGCUCGGGGGUUAGAUGGUGCUGAUCACGGAUGACAGGGAUGGAGGAGGCGCCUCGUCGGUCCGAGUCAAACAGCUACAGCAGCGGCAAAAAGUCGGGGGAGGCAUCCGGCAAAUUCACCCGACCAUAACUGAGGAGCCUCUGUCCCACUAUGAGGACGAGGACUACCUGGGCUCGAGCGAGGAGGACACUGAAGAUGGAAGCGAGGAAGAGCAUGAUGAAUUCGAAGAAGUUGACUUUGAGGACUUGGAUGAUUGUCGGAGCAUCGCGUCGGACGACUCCUUCUAUCCACCGGAUGAUGCGUUCGCGGACUCGGAGCGCUCCCCGUCUCCGGACAGCCCGGAGCCUCUGUCCUUUUUCCAGGCGUGCUGCACCAACAAUGCGGCCAUAGUACGGAUAAUGAUCCGGCAUGGUGUGAAGGAGGAGGAGGUGAAGGAGACUGACAGGAAUAACAGGAUAGGGCUGUUGGUUGCAUGCUACCAAGGUUAUGUGGACGUCGUCCUAGCGCUGUCUCAGUGUCCGUACCUAGAUGUCAACUGGCAGGACAGCGAGGGGAACACAGCUCUGAUCACUGCUGCGCAAGCAGGACACAUAACAAUCACCAACUAUCUGCUGAACUAUUACUCUGGGUUGGACAUAGAGAGAAGAAACUGCCACGGCUUCACCGCUCUGAUGAAAGCCGCCAUGCAGGGCAGGAUGGAGUGCGUGCGCUCGCUCAUGAUGGCGGGAGCCGCCCUGAAUGCAAAAGACUUUGGCCGCCAAAUGACUGCCAGGGAGUGGGCCUUGUUUACGGGCCGUUAUGAAACUGCAUGGGUGAUGGCACGCUUGAUAGAGCGGCCCUGUCCGCACCAGUACUGUGAUACAUACAGUCUAGAGUGGCCCCCGCUGGCAUCACUGGUGGCCAAAGCCCAGGAGCCGCGCAGCUGCUUGAAACGCUUGUCAGACACUGUGCGCAACGUCUUCAACAUCGCAAACGUCACCAACCCGGAGGAUGAAGGGGCUAUUGACCACAUGGUUUCUAUUACAACUGGCAUUAGGAGCCCUUUCAUUGCUGUGGCAUGCCGCACAGUGUGUCCUGACAGUCCUCCAAGUGUGGGCAAACGGCGCUAUGCAGUCCCAGAGAUCAUCCGCCAGCAGCGCACCAAGGAGCUUCGCUCCAUCAACCCUGACAGGCUGGACAGCCAUCUCAGACUCUUUGAGAACUCUCGGGUGACACUCGUGGCCAAGAACUCAUCAGACCGCCGGGCCAGCCUUCAGCCCCAGAGCGUGGUGCCUCGGCACAGGAGCUCCAGCUUGGGUUUGGUGUCUUAUAACCAAGCCAUGGAGCUACGGAGAACCAGCUUGCUGCCCGUGCACAUGGUGCUGAGGAGGAGCAGUGUCAGGCCAGGCUUCACCAUACCUAAGGUCAGAGUGUCCAAGGCUUCGCCAUCGACUUAUGAACCAGCACAGAUUCGAAGGAAGAGCAGCGCCAAAGACGGAGCGGGGAACUUUCUCCAGGUUCCAAAGUGGCGCUAUAAGGAGCUAAAAGAAGAGAGGAAAAAAGCCGAGGAAGUUGAGAGAAAGAGGCUGGAGGCUGCAACGAGACGACAUAUUGCUGCUGGGAAAAGGAAAUAAUAUCAUUACCUCAGAGGAUAUUGUGUACACUAACCCCCCCCCCCCCAAACAACGAAAGCCACACGGGCCACGGAGGCAGACAGAUCUGGCUUUCAUGGUUUUCAGCUUUAUACAGUAGGUGCACAGGGUGAGCUUACAAUUACCAACAGUGUUUGGAUGCUGACUGACCUCUUUUAAAAAGGGCUGUCGCUAUAGUGACAGCAUUCGAAGUGCACAACGCUGACGUCAAACAGCGAAUACCCAGGGGAUUUGAUACUUGAAAUGUUUUUAAGCUAAUUUAUUUUUCAUAUUUAUUGCUUUUUAAUGGAUGGCCAGGCCUAUAUUUUGUUAUGCCUUGGGUGCUCAUUAUUACAGCGACGUUUUUCUAGUAUGUUACACUGUGUUGAAGCAGAAGACAAUAACACACGCUCCUUCCAAAUGAAACCUACAGCAAAAAAAAAAAAUAAAAAAUGUGUUCAUUUUUCUGCCUAAAAUAAUUAAAAGCAAUUUGUUAAAAAAUGUUGGAAAAUAUCUUUGAAACAUUCAGUGAAGAAUAAUAAUGAGCUCAUUAUUAUUUGCUGAGAAAGCCAAGCACAAGAUCUGUAAAAAAAAAAAAAAUCUUAUGGCAUCUGAAAGCAAUAUUUUAUUUGACUUUAUUAUUAUUUUUUUUGCUGUACAUUGACAUACCCUGAAUGUAUUUAAGGUAUAUAUUUUCUAUAUAUAUAUAGAGAGAGAGAUUUAAAUGCUUUUGAUGACAUUUUUAAAAAAAUUAAAUAUGGACCUAAAAAAAGAGCUUUUAAAUCUUAUAAGUUGGGAAGAAAAUUCCAGAUUACUGCCCAAAUAUUUACAGUUCAGACCCCCAUCGUCACAGGUCAGAUUAGUGCUAAACUUCACGCAAUGACUGAGACGUGUUGUGCGCACAAGGUGUGGAUGGUGCGAAUGAAAUAAACCGUUCCACUAACAGUGAGUGUGGACUUGACUAACCAAGCCUUAUUGAUGUUUUAUAAAUGCCUCAGCCACGUAGUGCUAGAAAGGUGAUGAUUUUUUUUUCCAUAAGAUUUUAGGAGCUCUUUUCACCCAGCUAGGAAAAAAAAAAUACACUAAAGCAAGUUUUCACAUACAAAGGAGAGCCUGAAGUGAUAAUCUGUAACGUGUGGCCCCCUCUGAUCAUAAAGACAGCCACCCCAUUAUAGAGCAGAGGGGUCAGUUUCCUGCUAUAACAUUAAAACAGUGAAAAUAAUGGGGUGAAAAAUAACCGUGAUUUAAACCCACAGAGCCAUGGGGAGAGCAGUGAUAUAACAUUGUCUGGAAUUUCGAGAGCACAAUUUCACGCUCCUAACUCCUCGUGGCGAUUGGGGCUUAAGUGCUAUCCAAGAGCGUGUGUCUAAUAUACAUGGUGAUGAGUUGCUAAGGGGUUACAAGGGCACUGCACAGCCAAAUCGUUUCUUCAAAUAAACUUCAUUGACUUCAGAGUGGCAAUCUGCUUAGAUACUGCCCAGAGGAAAUAAUUUGAACAUGACAAAAGAUGAGCAAGCUGCACAUUUACUGAACUCUACACUUCAGAAACUCUAAGUGGCUCCAGGAUUAGCAUAUUUAACAUUAACAUGUUUUAUAUGAAAAUGGAUUUUUGCUGGCAGUGCAGUAUCGCUGCCAACCCAGUCUGCUGUUUGCAGUUUGUCACGAGGCGACCGAGGUUAACUUGCCAUGAAUAAAAGCCAAUUUCAUUUA